AGUACCAGACGUGUAGGCUGUGUAGAAUUCACUGAAGUAACCGAAACACGACUGGAAUUUCCCCCUCACUUCGACCAAACCGAACUGAGCGACAUAUCUGGCAGCUGAAGGACAGCCAUGGGGGCUCUCAGCCGGCAGCAAUUCUUUCAGGAGCUUCCUUUGGGCUGCUUGCUUCCGACUGCCCAACAGGGACUGCUGCAGGUGUGGCAGCUGCUGAUCAUGUGUUUAGCAUGCAGAUUGCUGUGGAGAAUUGGUCGCCUGCCUGCAUACAUAAAGCACCUCAGCACGAUUGCAUGUGGAUUUUACACCCUCUACCUGUUCUUUGGGUUGCACAUGGUUUGGGUGGUGCUGCUCAGUCUUCUCUGCUACCUCAUCCUUUUUCUGUGCCGCCACUCCAGCACUCGAGGCCCUUUCCUCUCUAUCACAGUACUCAUCUACCUCCUGCUGGGAGAGCUUCAUAUGAUGGACACAAACAGCUGGCACAAAAUGAGAGGUUCUCAGAUGGUUGUUGCCAUGAAAGCAAUCUCCCUUGCAUUUGACUUGGACAAAGGCACAGUGGAAAAAGUUCCUUCUCCAGUAGAGUUCAUGGGCUAUAUUUACUUUGUGGGCACUGUCAUAUUUGGGCCCUGGAUCAGCUUCAGCAGCUACAGGGAGGCAGUGAAUGGCAAAGAGCUUAGUGUCUCUUGGUUGGUGAAGGUGACCAGUAGCUGGAUAAAGAGCCAGUUAUGCCUGCUGAUCUCUAAUUGUGUUGCUCCUUAUCUCUUUCCCUACUUCAUCCCUGUCUUUGGAGACAAAGUGCUAAAAAAUAAGAAGAGGCGAAAGAACAGAGGUUUUAUUCCCAGGUUGUUGAUGGGCUAUGAACACAGCAUGGGCUUCCGUUUUAGUAAUUAUUUCGUAAGCUAUUUAAGUGAAACGACAACCACACUGUCAGGUGCAGGCUUCACAGAAGAGAAAGACCAUCUCAAGUGGGAUCUUGCAAUGGCUAACCCGAUGAAUGUUGAGUUUCCCAGGUCAAUGUCAGAGGCUGUUAUUUCCUGGAACCUGCCCAUGUCUCAGUGGCUCAAUAUUUAUGUGUUUAAAAAAGCUCUCAAAUUUGGGAAAUUUCAAGCCAUCCUCAUCACUUAUACAACCAGCACUUUGCUACAUGGCUUAAGCUUUCACAUCGCAGCUGUAUUAUUCACACUUGCCUUUAUGACGUAUAUUGAGUAUGUGCUGAGGAAAAGACUUUCCAUCAUCCUUAAUGCAUGUGUCCUUUCCAAGAGAUGUCCAUCUGACUGUAAACACCAAAACAAGAAGGCAUUUUGGGUUUAUUUUAUUAAUGGAGUAUUUAGUGUACUAACAGUGCUGCACCUCACCUACCUGGCCUCAAUCUUUGGGUCCAGCACUGAUGAUAUGGACUCAGAUGAGGAUGGUAUGACCAGUCACACUAUUCGCAAAUGGAGUGAACUCAGCUGGACGAGUCACUGGAUGACCUUUGGCCUUUGGGUUGUAUACCGCAUUAUUAUGUAAACUCAGACUAAAUGAUUAGAUGGACAGGUAGCAAAUAACAAAUCUACAGAUGAUUUAUUAUUUGCUUCUGCAGUGGUGGAAGACAAGCUCCUUAUGACUUCACUGUGAAUGCCUCAUGCACUGGAGUAAUAGAGAACAAAAACUCUAUCAAAUCUCAACUAAAUCUGAUUCUUGGGUCUGAAUGCUGUGGCACAUGAGCAACAUGGCACAUCAUUUCUUUUUUUUUUUUUCCUUUCACAUGUAGACAACACAAGGGUGAGCUCCAAGAUCUAGAACCUGGCAUUAUUCAUUUUAUGUAUAUGUAAUAUGAUAUAUUUAUCUUUUUAUAGUUGUAUAUAAUGCCACACAAUUGGAUCAUGACAACAUGAUUUUAAUCAAAAAACUAUUUACUGUGCAUUCACUAUUUAUAAGUGUUCUAAUUUAAACUUGCAUUGACUUUACACAGUUAAAGCAAUUUAAGCAUUAUGAGCAGUGCUUAUUUUUUGGAUAAACACUAAAAACACAUCCCCAGAUGAACAUGGAAUUGACCUAGCUAGCUUAAUAUUGCGUAGGGUCAAAGGCAAGGUCUGCUAAAAAUCAGUUAACUAUUUGUAUGUUUAGCUUAGUUUAAAAUAUCGGUGCAAUAAUCUGAUUCAAGUACCUCACACAUUAAAAGUGCAAUAAUUUACAAAUCCAGUCCCAAGCUCAGCAAAAAUAAUAUUCUCUAGAUGUAUGUGCAAAAUGUGUGUAUGUACAGGUAUUAGGUUUAGUAUUUUAUGGAAAAAGGCACAUAUCAUACUGUGCUUCACACACAAGUUCAGCAGCCUGUAUUUGCCCAUUUAAAGAGUAUUAGAGGUAUUUUUAGUGUGACCAUGAGCCAGUGGAGAUUCUAGUUGGUAUCUCUUUAUAAUGUGAAUUUACUCUGAUAUUGGACUGUUUACAUGAUUUAAUUAGAUAUUUAAAUAUUUAGUCACUGAUAAGUAAGUGAUGGAUUGGCACCCUGUCCACGGUGUACCCUGCCUCGUGCCCUAAGCCUCCUGGGAUAGGCUCCAGGUCCCCGCGACCCUGAAUACAGGAUAAAGAGGUAUAGAAGAUGAGUGAGUGGUAAGUUAUUGUAGAUCUUAUUAUUUGAUUUCUUUUCUUCUUCUUGUACUAAUAUUUUAGUCUUGUGAAUUUUAGCACAAUCAUGCUUUAGUAUAUUUUACAAUAACUUACAUUGUUUGUUUGUCUAUUCACUUAUUUGUAUAGCUGCAGUUUGACCUAUUAUUCUCGUGGUAGGCUAGACGGAUCAUCUAAUUUGUACUGAGAUGUGCUAAAUGGAGCAAUCAGCUCAAAUAUUUAAUCAUUUUCCCAUUUAUAUGUGUUUUUAUAAUCUUUGCUACAUUUGGAUGUUUUAUAAUGAUGAUUUUAUCCAUCCA